AUGUCACGUGUGGCGCAGCACAGCAGUGCUGCCUCCGCCAGUGUGGGGGAACGCGCCACCCUCUUCCUCAUGACGCUCUUUGUCGUCCUCGGCUGCAGCGGUGCUGUUCAAAACGCUGAUGCUCGUCUUGAGCGACAGACCUACGUUGCCUACCGCACCCCGCACCUCUGCUCAUACGAGAUCAUGGUGUCCGUGGCGUGCCCGCAGACGAAGCCCGUGUGCUGCGUCGCCUCCUCGGCCAUUCGGUGCUGCGCCGGCACCACCUCGUGUGGCAACUGCACCGACGACAUUGUCGGCUACGAAAUGCCGAAGAGUAGCGCCAUCAUUGGCUGCUUCAGCCUGAGUGUGCUCGUGCUUCUGGGUAGUAUUAUCAUGUCCGGCGUGGGCCGCCACCUCGCGUGGGUGCUCGAGCGCCGCCGCGUGAUUGAGAACUACCGCAAGCACCUCCUGCUGCGCCGCGCUGAAGCGCGUGAGUUCAAGAAGGAACUGGCAGAGACAGAGGUAAAGGACAUUGACGACGCGGUGGGGUGCGUCAUUUGCUGUUCCCGCCACAUCGACGUGGCGCUGACGCCGUGCGGGCAUGUGUGCUGCUGUCGCUUCUGCGCCAAGCGCCUACGAGAGUGCCCCGUGUGCCGCAGCGCCCUCCAGCGCUGCUUCGACCUGCCGCUGUACUACGUAAAGCAGCUGCUCAGCGCCUCAGGGACAGAGGAAAAGGACAACGGCAGUGACGGCAGAGAGUCCCCGUCGUCGCCAACGGAGAUGUACCCCAUCACCGGCGAUGGCAUUGUGGCCACCACUACAUGGGAGGCGCGGGUGGAGGACAUUUGUGCAACCGGCCAGGCAGCGUGCGCCCCCGCGACCACUGGGGACUGCUCCGUCGAGUCAGCUAUGGCUCCGUCAGGCAGCAGCUGCUGCUGGAGUAGUGUGGAGCGACCACGGCGCAGCACGAUUCGCGUCAUCGGUGCUGUAGAGAGGGGAAUGAUCAACCCUUUCAGAGGCCGCUACACGCGCGUGCAGUCCUCCGAGGAAGACGAGGACGAGAGGAAUGGUCGCAGCGCCACCUGCUCUACACCUUUGGUGCCCCACGUGCCACCAGCUGGCGCGGCGACUUCCCCUACAGAGGUGCGGAUCACUGCUGCCGAUGACAGUGCGCAACACUCGUACGGGUGCAUCUCCAGGGAGAAGUGA